AAACGACACCCCCGCAAGAGUUGACAUCAGACAUCGUUACGAGUUGGUCGUACACACCCUUACCGAGCCUGAUGGAAAGUGGGGUUUACGACUAUGAUAACCUGCAGAAGAUGAAGAACAUGGUCUACGAACAGCAGGACAAAAGAAUCGCGUCUUCGGUGUUACACAAGAUGAUAACCGGCCAGCACCCAAAUCUGCAAGGCUUUUCCUUCGAACCGCUAAAUGUCGGAGAAUCUUAUCCAUAGUGCCUUUAACAGAUACUGGAACAAGUUGGUGUCAUGGUCGACAUGGCUAGGUAAUAUAACCUCGACAGCCUUGGGUGUCUAUAUAAUCGCCAGAAGCUUCAAGUUCAUAGUAGACACCAUCAUACACGGUAGAAUACUGUAUGAUAUCUACGGCAUCGGCUGGCAACUACUAGCCUCGUUCUGGGACUCGCUUACGAAUCUACUAUCUCAUCGCAACCACAUGAGAGAAAGCAGAAAGGCGAGCGGCGGGGAAGACAAUACCGUAAUUGACAGCCAGGCGGAAGUCGAAAAUAAGCAGCCAGUGCGCAGACCAAACCAGAAGACGAAGAAGAUAUUUCCCGAAUUGCACCACGAGAUAGAUCUUCAAGAGCAGUAUGGGCAACCUCGCAUCGACCGAGCGAGACUCGAAGACAACAUUUCACCUGCGACCACUGAUCAGGCGUCUGGACAUCUAUAACUCAUCGUGGUAUAGUUGCGUGCGCAAGAUACAAAUAAUUUUG